CUUCCCCAUCACUCUCCGUCUCCUCUCUUCCCUUUCAAAUCCCUCACUCUCUCUAGACCAGAUGGAUGGAAGCGGUGGCGGGGCGUACCCUGCUUCUCCUAGAUGGAAUGUUGAGCGCCCAUAUCUCACCGGCCGGAUGUAUCAGGAAACGAAAUCUCGAUCUCAGAACCUCGGUAGUAAAGGGAUCGAAUCUUUCAGAGAUUUCUGUUCCGAUAAUCCUAUUGGAUCAUAUGCAACGUCAGUCCAGGAGCUUUUGAUUAUCGAUGAUCUUCUUUCUGCAUUGGUUGGCAUCGAGGGAAGGUAUAUUACAAUAAAGAAAGCUCGCGGUGCUGAAGAACAUUUCACAUAUCAAAUGGAUUUAUCCAUGGACUUAGUGUUGCAAGAGCUAACUAAAAGGAUAUUUCCAAUAUGUGAGAAUUUUCUUGUAAUUAAUCAGUUUGUGGAGUCAAGAUCACACUUCCGAUAUGGUCUGGUAAAUCAUGCUUUUGCUGCUGCAUUGAGGGCAUUUCUCCUGGAUUACCAGGCUAUGGUGGCUCAAUUAGAACACCAAUUCAGGCUGGGGAAACUCUCUUUGCAAGGAUUGUGGUUCUUCUGCCAGCCAAUGAUGGGUUCUGUGCAAGCUUUGGCCACAGUGAUACAAAAAGUGUCUACAAACUACUUGACGGGAUCUGCAGUUCUUAACCUCUUACAAGCACAGGCUGCAGCAAUGGCUGGUGAUAACACUGUGAGGUCCCUCCUUGAGAAGAUGAUUCAUCAUGCCAGCUCUGCAUACCUCUGCAUAUUGGAAAGAUGGGUAUAUGAGGGUAUAAUAGAUGAUCCUUAUGGUGAAUUCUUCAUUGCAGAGAAUAAAUCCUUGCAAAAGGAAAGUCUUACUCAAGAUUAUGAUGCCAAGUAUUGGCAACAAAGAUAUAGUCUCAAGGAGGGGAUUCCAAGCUUCCUAACAAAUGCUGCAGAUAAAAUAUUGACAACAGGAAAAUACUUAAAUGUCAUGAGAGAAUGCGGCCACAGUGUUCAGGUCCCUCUAUCUGAAACUUCAAAGUUAACAAAUUUUGGUUCCAACCAUCAUUAUUUGGAAUGCAUAAAUACUGCAUAUGACUUUGCAAGCAGCGAGCUGUUAAAUCUGUUAAAGAAGAAGUAUGAUCUUAUUGGCAAAUUGCGAUCUUUGAAACACUACUUUCUUCUUGAUCAGGGUGACUUCUUAGUUCAUUUUAUGGAUAUGGCUCGGGACGAACUUCUCAAGAAACCAGAUGAAAUAUCCGUAGAGAAGUUGCAGUCUUUGCUAGACCUUGCUUUACGCACAUCAGUUGCUGCAGCUGAUCCAUUUCAUGAGGACUUGACCUGCUGUGUGGAAAGAUCAUCGUUGCUGAAUAGGUUGGGCACGUUGAAGGAUUUGGAAGGCAUAAUGAAUAGCUUAGUUGCACCAUUAAAUUUUCUAGACAUAAGUGACUCUGCUGUUAAUACGAGUGAUCAUACAGAGACUCUAAACCUCACAGGCCUUGAAACGUUUACUCUUAGUUACAAGGUACAAUGGCCACUGUCACUCGUUAUCUCAAGAAAAGCAUUGACAAAAUAUCAAUUAAUAUUUAGAUUGUUGUUCCAUUGUAAUCAUGUUCACCGUCAACUCUGUGCAGCAUGGCAAGUACAUCAAGGUGCUCGAUAUCUUAACAAGAUGGGAACAACACUUGCAAGAUCCUCACUGCUUUGCCGAAGCAUGCUUAAAUUUAUCAACAGUCUUUUACACUAUUUAACAUUUGAAGUUCUGGAACCAAAUUGGCAUGUAAUGUCUGACAGGCUUCAAACUGCAAAGAGCAUAGAUGAGGUUAUGCGAUGUCAUGAUAAUUUUCUUGGAAGAUGUCUACAAGAAUGUUUGUUUUUAGUACCUCAACUUCUAAAGGGGAUAGAGAAGUUGAAACUCAUAUGCCUUCAGUAUUCUGCGGCUGUACAGUGGUUGGUACCCUCAUUGUUUAUACCUGAUGUGGACUAUAUGGAUCGCAAAAAGAGGGUGGAGAAAUCAAAAGCUGGAAGAUCAACACACAGAGGUCAUAGACUAAAAUUAGCUGCUGAAAAUGCAUCAGCUACUGAUACUGUGAUAAAAUUUGAGAAGGAAUUCAACACAGAAUUGCAGAGUUUAGGACCAAUUCUGAGCCGCAGUUCACAGGCAGAUCCCUAUUUGAGUCAACUCGCUCAGUUGCUUUUGGGGACAAGGAAUGAUAUAUAAUCCGUAAUGGUUUUGUUGAAGCCAAAUGUAGAAUUCAUUCUUGUUUUCCAUUCUUAUUACUACAAGUUAUUCCACUCUUUGUAAAAGAUUAUGUAAAUAAAAUGCUUUUUUUAUCAGUAAUCAUGUUAUUGCUAAAUGCAAAUAUCUAA